GCUCGAGAGCAGCACGCUUGCCUUCCGGAAGAGGUGGCAGCCACCUCGCCACCGCGCGACCGAGCUAGCGACGGAUACCGCACCGCGAGCAGCUCAGUCGCGAGUCGCCCACCGAGCGCGAGCGGGUAUCAGAGCCAGCUCGAACGUGUUCGGCCGCCCAGCUUGCGAGCGUGCCGACGCGCACACACACGCACACGCAUACGAGACACACGAGAAGCACGACUAGCCACACGCGCGCGCGCGCGCGCGAGCGAGCGCGCGUUCUCAGCAUCUCGCAUCUCGCAUCCCUCGGCACCCUCGUCGAGACGCCUCGCCGUUUCCGCGUUCACGCGGACGAUGAUCCGCGAGGGGAUUGGCUUGCGACGCUGACGACCAUCCUGACAUCGUGCCGCUCCGAAAGACAUGCCCGAGAUCUUGGAUAAGUCGAGUCUGCUUGACGUCUACGCGGACAAAAGGGCAGCGUGAUCGAAACCGGGAUACUUGGAGGAAAAGCUCGAGAUCCUGCGCGUUCAAAGGACUGUGUAACCUUGUAAACAUAGAGACGGUAGGUUGUUUCGCUGGGACGAGCAGGGAGCACCCGGCUUCCCGUUCAUCCUCCCGGAACUCUGCACGGUGUUUAUUGGGCAGUGCCGAAAGCCGGUCUACAAGCCGGAGAUAACGGAUUCGGAGUAGAAGUAGCUUCUUAGAAAGAAAGACGAGUGCUCUCUCCCGAGGCUCUCGAGGCAUUCCCGGUUUACCAUCGACGCCGACAGGGCUCGAGAGAUGAUCGAGCCGCGAAAGGGAGGAGGCGGAUUCGUCGACGCGUCCAAGCAACGACGGAAAUCAUCGUCGUCGGGCGAGGUGGCGGUGUAGCGGACUCUCCGUAAAUCGUCGUGGUGGUUCUCGCAUUCGGGUGGUAAGGGAGGAAGGAAUCACCGUGACGCGCGCGACGUGCCGUCUGUCGCGAGAGGAAAACGAGAGGAUCUACGCGAUCGUCCAAGCUUUCGAUUCGCGUGCCACGCCGCGGCUGACGUAUCGCGAACGGAGUCAGCGUGGUCGGUGCGUGUUGUGUACCGUGACGGGUACGAGCGGCUAAAAAAAAAAAUAAACUCGCGCGUGCCGAGAACGAUACGAGCUACCGGAUCAGUCGCACCCAUGCGCGAGCCAGGCGUUUCGCGGACGAUGUUCCAAAACCGUUAGAGAGGAGCUGUCGCGGCAUACGUAGAGGAAACUGCGUCGAGACAGCGAAAUCGUUUCUUUUUCUUUCUCGUAUCGGUAGCGAUAGCGAAGACAAAUUUCAAUUCUUCUGGGGGUCGAGUGCGAGCCGUUUUAACCAAGAGUCGGAGAGUUCGGAUUUCGCGCCGAAAGAACCAUCGGUGUGCAGCGGUUGAUUCUCUAUCGGGAAAGACAAACAACGAUGACGGAACUUAAUUAAUAGAGGGAGAAGGAGAAAGAGGGAGGGAGCCUCCUCUCCCAACGUCGAUCCGCGGAUAAAUUAAAGCGUCGCGGGUUCCUCGGUCGCCCCGAGAAGAAACGAAACGAAAAUGUGCCGGGGCGUGUCAUUGAAAUCCGUUCCCUUCUAGUACGAACCGAAUGGAAAAUUCCUUUUUACAGGUGGUACUCGACGAUGUAGUGGGAUCGGUUCGAUGAUUCUCGUAAACACUUCGGAGAGAGGCUCGUGCCGCGGUUUUUAAUCGCGCGACGCGAGGAGACGGCGGACAGAGAAUUCGAACACGGAAGAACAGGUGGAAGAUCUCGCUUGCUAGAUACCGAUCUGGACGUCGCUGUGAAAGCGAGAGAGAGAAGAAGAGGAAGCAGAAGAAAGUGUGGGCGAGAGAGAGAGUGAGAGAGAGAGAGAGUGAAAGAGAGAGAGAGAGAGUGAGAGAGAAAAGAGCGGAAGACGGGCGAACGAGCACGGAGAACCGUAUCGAUGAUGGUGGAAGGCACGUUGCCAGGAGGCGAUUGGCUGCCGCGGUGCUCGCGUUCCUUUGGUGGUUCGAGUCGUUGUUCGUAAUGUCGCGAGUCGAGUGCCGUGAACCGUGCGACAACGGCGAAGGAAUGGUGAGAUACGAUGACGGACUUGGUAGUCGUGUUCGAUCUUAGGAUCGCGGUAUCGUUGUCGACGUCGUGCUCGUCGUCGUCGUCGACGCGUCGCUGGUGGGAACGCCAUCGGUUCACGAUCGGCUAAUACGACUCGCUCGAAUGGCGACGAGCCUCGAGCGCGGGCAGCUUCGUUAGAGAGACCGUCGAGGACUUUAUUCUACUCUCGCGAUCGGUCGAAUCGGAGCUCGGAGGUGUGUCGUAGCGGUUUUCUUCGGGGAUUCCGGGGCUCGCGGCUAAGACGGGUCGGUACUUUGCUCGCGUCGACGAAGAAAAUCCGACGGGAAUGAACGGAAGAGACAAAGGGUUUACGAUGAUAUACGCACGCGGCAAGGCAUAAACAUUAUCGAACCGGAAUUGAGGCUUCGAUACGAGACGCGUACGACACAAACAUUUCGGUAUCCGCGCAAUUACUCGGCUAACAGGAGGACGCAGAGGAGAAAAGAAGGGGGGAAAUUCGGUGAGUCGGGUAACAAACAUCGCUUACCGCGAUGGCAUCGGUGGCAGCGUGGCUUCCGUUCGCCCGCGCGGCUGCGAUUGGUUGGGUGCCGAUUGCCACGCAUCCCCUUCCGCCGCCGCCGAUCCCCAAGGAUCGUCGCAAGGCCGACGACGAGAAGCUCCUGAUAAACGUGAGCGGGCGUCGAUUCGAGACGUGGCGGAACACCCUCGAGAAGUAUCCGGACACUCUUCUCGGCUCGAACGAGCGGGAGUUCUUUUACGAUGAGGAGAGCAAGGAGUACUUCUUCGACCGUGAUCCGGAUAUCUUUAGACACAUAUUGAACUAUUACCGAACCGGCAAGCUUCACUAUCCGAAGCACGAAUGUUUGACCAGCUACGACGAAGAGCUGGCGUUCUUCGGCAUAUUGCCGGACGUGAUCGGCGACUGCUGCUACGAGGAUUACCGUGACCGCAAGCGCGAGAACGCGGAGAGGCUGAUGGACGACAAGCUGAGCGAGAACGGGGAUCAAACUCUGCAGCAGCUACUGGAUAUCAGGCAAAAGAUGUGGAGGGCGUUCCAAAAUCCUCACAUCUCGACGGCCGCGUUGGUGUUCUACUACGUGACCGGUUUCUUCAUUGCCGUAAGCGUGCUGGCGAACGUGGUCGAGACCGUGCCGUGCGGUAAUCGUCCGGGACGCGCCGGUACGCUUUCAUGCGGCGAACGUUACAAGAUCGUCUUCUUCUGUUUGGACACCGCGUGCGUCAUGAUAUUCACCGCGGAAUAUCUGUUGAGGCUGUUCGCGGCUCCGAGUCGGUGCAAGUUCGCGCGAUCAGUCAUGUCCAUCAUCGACGUGGUCGCCAUCCUACCGUACUACAUCGGCCUCGGUAUCACCGAUAACGACGACGUAUCCGGUGCUUUCGUUACGUUGCGCGUCUUUCGUGUGUUCCGGAUCUUCAAGUUCUCCAGGCAUUCGCAGGGUCUGCGGAUCCUCGGUUACACGUUGAAGUCGUGCGCCUCGGAGCUCGGCUUUCUCGUUUUCUCCCUGGCCAUGGCCAUCAUCAUAUUCGCCACCGUGAUGUUCUACGCGGAGAAGAACGUCGAUGGAACAAACUUCACCUCGAUUCCUGCUGCAUUCUGGUACACCAUCGUUACUAUGACCACUCUGGGGUACGGUGACAUGGUUCCGAAAACGAUCGCGGGAAAAAUCGUGGGGGGUGUAUGCUCCCUUAGCGGUGUCCUUGUGAUCGCUUUACCGGUGCCUGUUAUCGUCAGUAAUUUCAGCCGAAUAUAUCACCAGAAUCAGCGGGCGGAUAAGCGAAAGGCUCAGAGGAAAGCUAGAUUAGCGCGCAUCAGGAUCGCGAAAGCGUCGAGCGGAGCGGCCUUUGUCAGCAAAAAGAAGGCGGCCGAAGCCCGAUUGGCCGCGCAGGAGAGCGGCCUUCAGCUGGACGAGAGUUACAAGGAGGAGGAUAUUUUCGAAUUGCAGCACCAUCAUCUCCUUCGUUGUCUAGAAAAGACCACGGACCGUGAGUUCGUGGAGAUGGAAGUGCCCUACAACGGUGCCCCGAAGAGGCCAGGCUCACCUUCGCCACUGACUUCCCCCGCGCACAGCACUGCCUCCAGAGGCGGCCUCCUGCACGCCUGCUGCGGCCGCUGCUACCCCCAACGUUACCAGAGCUUGUCUUAUCAGCUUACUUCGAACGACAGCAAGGAUAGAGUGGUGCUCGUAUAUGGGGAUCGUAUACAAGUGCGGACAAAGGACCUAAAGAAGCGCGGUUCCCACACCUGUGAUAUGCAGGCCCUACAGCCACUUCCGGUCCCAAGCAACACAGUCAACACCGCGCCUGCAAUGACUACUUCCGGUGGACAGUCACCGCUUCCGGUAUCGGAGACCGCUUGAGUCGAGAUCGAGACCAAUCACGAUCACCAUAUCCGCUAUUACGAACAAAAAUCACCUUUAACAAACCAACCACCGUCCUCUUCUUCUACUCGAUGAAAGAUGAAAGAACAAUGGCCGACCGGCCGGAAGAACGUUUCAGCGAAGAAAAUGAAGAGCGAGAGAACGGAAAGUCGGUGGUGUCUCGACAAGAGCGGAAAAGGAACCUGCGAAGCCGCUGACGAAACGUUCGACGAACCGGGAACGGUUCGAGAAUCGAUGAUUCGCGACGCCUUCUAGGAGGACGAAGGUUGCUCGUUCUAGGAGAGCAACGUUCCCGCACGAUCUCUACACGGAACGACGACGUCGCGACGAGAAGAGGCCUCCAAGAUAUUCCUCGGAUCCAGAAAUCCCCGCGUUUUCGAGAACGAUCGUUUGUUAAUGCACGCAUACGCGGUUACGCAUCUUGUUCGAUCCGUUCCCCUGGCGAAACCGAGGAUCGGCGAAUUUGAACCUCGCCUCGUAUACGUGACAGCUGCCCUUUUGUCGCAAAAACAGGAUCGAACAGCAGAUACGAUGAACGUCAGUCGAAGAAGAUGCGUUCAACGAUCGGCAUUCGAUUUGUUCGAUAUUGAAAUCGUCGCUGAAAAGCACCGCGAACUCGACUUCCGAAGACGGCUGGCGCGGUCUCCGCAAUUCGCGUUACUUCCUGGAUCCGCGUUCGCGCGGAUCGGCGAAACACGACCGUAGUCGCGAGGAAGCUCGAUCGCUGGCAGGGAUUUUGUUCGCUUAUUUUUACGAUGGAAAUGUUUACCUCGUAUUCGAUGCUGCGAAGUGGAACUAUCUUCUCUCGGGGACUUUGUCGCGUGCGUACGUCAUCUAAAUUUUCUUCGGCGAUGAUAGUCGACCCGGGGGAGGAAAAUCGGGGGGCGGAACGAAGGAUCGUCGGAUGCCGAACGAAGAUAAAAAUAAGAAGCAUCGCGGCUACGGUCGUCGGGCGCAGAUCGCGCGACUCGUUAGAUAAGCGACAUCCCUGGUAGCCGUAAGAGAAUCGAUCUUUGAGAAGCGUUCGCGGUGCAAGGACACUGCGGAAAUUGAUCGGCGCUGUUUUCAAGGAGUCUCUUAAUUCGGUAGGUUUAACCGAGCAAACGAUAAUUUUAAGGAUAGGGGAGGAGAAGGUUGGUCGGGAGGUUCGUCAAGAGGAGCGUUGUAAGAAGAAAAAGAAAGUGAAAGACGCUGUACGAUGGCGGUCGUAAAACGUAACGACGAUUAGAGUUGUAUCCCUGCGGAAUCGAUCGAUAGAGGGUCCCUUUGGACUUACAAAGCGCAAGGGAAGCAAGAUAUCCUCGUCGGUAGGGACCCACGUACCUUGGUACUUUAAAUAAAGUAAGAUGAUGCCCUCGUUCUUUCAAAACUCUACGAAGAGUGUCCUGUUUUCUUUAAUUUUUGUUCCUUUAAAUGGUAAUUUAUCGAUUCCACCGUUGCGCCCUGAUUGGAAUCGGCGUCGGGUCGAUCGUUGUGUUUCGUCGUCGUUAUCGAAAGUUGUUUAUUUAUUUCGACCGCGAUAGUAUCUCGUCGACCAUUCGUAUCGCGAAAUUAAUCCCCGAGCGGCAGAAAACUAUCCGGGGAGGAUCGAUGAAUCCACAAUCGACCCGCGCUCGCCUAGGGGGUGAAACGGUUUUAGAAUUUCAGAGGAAGUCUCCCUCGAGCGACAGGAAGCUACGAAGAAUCGGUGUUUUAAUUCAACGAUGCCCGGCGUCGUUGAAUGAUCGUUGUAAAUAAUCGUGAAGCCGGUACGGGGAGUCUCGUGUUGUCUGUAAUUAACUUUGUAAUUAAUUGUAAUCGAUCUACGCGAGCGAAUAUGAACAAAAAAGAGAGAGGAUAUAUUAUAUUAUAAUUGCAAAUAAAAGAAGAAUGGAAUAUAUUAUAUAUAUUAUAUCUACGUAAAAAUACAGAUAUAUUAAACAGGUAAACUUACACACACACACACACAUACACACAUACACAGAGACAGACAGACACACGAAUACAAUCAUAGACACUCGAGAAUGCGAGUAAGCAUGGAAAGACACACAGGAGAGGGACACACGUACCUACGCGCUACGAAACUCACACGCGCACACUUGCAGCACCCUCGCGUCGCGCAAUAAAAUAAAUUCUAAAUCAAUAAUUUCAAACUAGAAUGCGUGCCUGACUGAGUGAUUGGGAGAUUAACCUCUUCGAGGCACCGAGCCAUCCUCUUUUGGAACUCUUUGGAAACGUAAUGGUAAGUGCACGUAAUUUCGACGCUGAUCCGACCGCGACGCGCUUUAAUAAUUACUUUAUCGAUAUACUGAUCCGAGUAUAUUACUGUGUAUAGCGUAUAGUCAGUAUUAAGAAUUCGACAAAUGCAUUCGGUUCGUUAUUUUGAAUAAACAAUAUAUUUUAUAACCAUGGAUGAAAUUUAAAAAUGCUUCGAUAACCGGGAUAUUUAUCUUACAUAUCUUGUUGGUAAAAUUUCCAACAACAUCGUCGCGAGCUUGACGCUCGUUGAAUGAGCGAUAAACGAGUUUAUUCGAAAUAAAAGGCAAUCUACCGUAAAAUUGAAAUUAUGAUACGCAGUUGUGUAUACCGUGCAUGCUUGGCUUAACUCGAAAAUUUUUGGUGCAAUUGAAAUUCAUUUUUCCGUUCUUCCUCUCUCGUUUCAGCAAUCUUUCCACGUGCCUCGAUUUCACCAAAUUAAAAUCGCCGAUACGAGCGAAACAACGUGUGCGUAUAGUAUUCGAGAUUUUACGGUAUUCACGUUUCCACGGACACGUACAAAAGAUUACUCGAGGUUGUUGAAAAUAUACGAGGAAAAAGUUGCUUUCGGAGACGCGGCUCGGUACCUCGACGGUAAGAGAAAAAAGACGUAAACCUGAAUAUAAGUAAAUUAAAGAAAAGAUUAUUAUAUAAUACGAUCGUAGCGAUAAUCGAGAAUAAUACGUCGGAUCCUUUUGUCGUCCAAAGAACUGCAGUUGUAUCGAGAGAUAAAAAUUACGAGCGGAUAAAAAUUAACCAGGUGAAUGGCCAGCCGAGAAAAGCGACGAUGAGAAGCAAGAUGGAAUCGAGCGCGGCUGCGAACGGUGGGACUCGAGUUUAAUCCGCGUUCAAAAAUUACUAUUCUCCCGUCCGCUUCUUGGUUUCGAUUCGAAUCAAUCGGGAAACAAUCCUUUCGUUUUUCUUCUUUCUCAAAUUCAGUGAAACAAAAGGAAACAAAAGGGAGCAAACGAACGGCGUACUCCUUCCGUAUUCGUUGAUCGAGAUAAAUUGCCGUCGGGUUAAACUUCGAUGCCAUCGCUGACGCUUUACGAGCGCGUUAUAGAGAAUAGCGAGCAAAGAGAAGAGUACGAUGAAAAUAUAAGCAGCGUUCGCGAGUAGCUUCGAGUCUAGUCAACCGUGACUAAAUUAGCCUCCGAUUGUCGGUGAGCGUUACACCCUUUCUUCCGGUUCGCGAACCAUUUCCGGUCUUCGGUCUCGAAUUUCUCGCGACACACGCGCGUUGAAAUUGAAAUGUUCACUUAGCGAGUAACGAAUAAAUGUUUGCUGUUCUCUUAUUCGUUAUUCGUACGUAAACUAGACUUUUGCUCGUCUCUGAUCUCGAACUCGCCGGAUCGCCGAGAGUCUCGGUUCCUUCGUCGCGAGUUCUUCUCGGUCCCUCGAGGGUGGAGUCGACGCUGCGUCAGAAAUUGCGUCGUUAGCAUCGAGCCGAUCGAAUUUCAGCGACUGCUACAUAAGCAAUUUUGAAGGGACGAAAUAGAUUAGCGCACAAAGUUUCGAAAAAACGUAAUAAUUAGAAGCGGGCCAGUUUGGUCGCAUCCAAACACAUUCCUGAACGCGACGGAACGUUUACUUCUAAUUAUCGCAUUCUUUCUCGCUUCUCGAAACUGGUGUAAACGGGAGCAACGGAGAGAAACGAGUCUUACGACAAUCGCGAUGCAGAUGCGCGUGCGGAAUAGAUGCGCCGAGAGAAAAACUGCUCGACGCUCUUCGGCCAUUUCCGAGCGGAAACGACGGAGCCUCUCCGAUCGAAGAAGGAAACAACAGAUAACCGCGAGGAUGGUUUUUCUCGAUGCACUAUAAAUCUCGCGAGCAAAGCGUGACCGGAUCGCAGGGAUCGCGAGAGAACUGGGAAGAUCGCGAUCACGCAACAGAGGAAAGCAGAGAACGCUAUAACGAGUCUUUCAAUCCACUACCGUACUGCCAAUUCUUCCGAAACGACGCGUAAUAAGUUUAGUAAGGGCGAUUAAGGCGAGCAGCGGCGGCGUUUGUCCGUUUUCUUUCGUCGCUUUCGAGUCCUGACGAAGGACUCUCCUGCAAUUUUUCCGGAGGGACGCGUUACCGAGGGUUCUACUUUUCAUCGGCGAUUAGAAAAUGUUUUCGAUCCGAUCGUCUCGAGAUUUCGAAGCUUUCACCCCUCGAUAUAUUUGAAUUCUUUGCCCGUGUACAAAGUUUCGUUGCGAUCAUACGUAACUUGUCCUCUAUUUGUAUCCGGUGAAGAAUAGCGCUUCUUUUUUUUUUAUCGAAUUGUAUCUCUGGUAGUCAGAAGAGCACGUUUAUAUAAAAACCAAUCUUUGAUCCGAGGUGUAUACAAUUUUCUUGAAAAGUUUAA